AACAAUGCCCAUGUUAAUGUCGAAUAAUACAAGUUUUGGUACGUCGGAAAAUGAAAAUGGCUCGCCAGCGGAUUCUCUUCUUUCGGGUGAAGGUGAGCUUAUGGAAGAACCGGGCGAUUCGCCAGAAACACCAAGAGAUACCGAAGAAGAAGCUACACUGUCCGAUGAAUUUUAUUCACACGACACCGAUGAAGACGACGAACAGGGUAGAAGAAAACGAGAUCGUGCCAAUUCCAUAGAUGGAGUAUCUUCAUCGACAAAUGGUCCUUUGGAGUCGCCGACUUCCCGGGUAGGAGGUGUCGGGGUUAGAAAAUUAUUUACUAACAGCCGGGAGCGAUGGAGGCAACAAAAUGUAAGCGGUGCUUUUGCAGAAUUGAGAAAACUCGUUCCCACACAUCCUCCGGAUAAAAAGUUGUCGAAAAAUGAAAUUCUUCGAAUGGCGAUACGAUACAUCCGCCUGCUGAGCAGCGUUCUAGAUUGGCAAAAGUCUCAGGCUCGUAAUGGCUUGAUGUUAUCACAAGACGUGCAAAUCAAGUCUGAGCCCCAGCAGUAUCAGCAACAGUAUCAGCAGCAGCAGCAGCAGCAGCAGCAACAACAACAACAACAGACAAUUAUCUUGACGAACCAACACAAUAUGUCGACAACGAUUUACCAAGCUAAGGCGGCCUUCGCUUGUCUCAAACAAGAGAGCAACUGCAAGCGCAGCAAUCUAUCGAAUUUGCGACACACUCAGUUCCCCAAUAACUCAAACUCGAGCAGCUGCGAUAAAAAUCGCGGCAAUUUACUUAUGAUCGCUACGUCGAGUUCAGUCGGCGGUAAGAGUCAUGUGCUAUCAGCCGCCAGUGGUGCAUCCCCGGCCUUGCAUUACAACAUUGCUCAGCAGCAGCAGCAUCAUCAUCAUCAUUCGCAUCCACAGCAAUUGAGAAAUGGCCUCGUCGUCGCGCGACCAAACAACGGAAAAUCCAGUUUGCCAAAGACUGGCCCUGUCGCUGUGCAGACGAGUCAUCAUCACGUGUCGUCCAGCUCGUCGCCAUCGACGUUGUCUUCGAAUACGGCCAGCAACGGCUGUAUUCCAGCCAAGAGGAUGAAAAUCGAGGCGAGGGACGAGGACGAGAUUGUUCAGCAGAAUAGAGAGUUGUCGAGCCGAGGAGCGCCGGUAGCGCACUUAAUAAACUCGAGAAAGAGGCUGAAGAUGCAAUUUAGCAGUAAAGAUUUAGGGCGAACUUAGAAUUGGAGAAGAAUCAAAACAGCAAAUGAAUGGAUUUGAAGGCAAUGGUGGACUGUAUUAGUCGGGAGGUGGAAAUUCAUUCGGGACAAACACAUCGGCGAUCAAAGUAAUGGAUUAUACGCGCGGACUCUCGUUAUUUGGUGCAAGUAAAACAAACUGACGAUAUUCAUGAUAUUCCCGUUGUGUUAAAAUUGACUAAAUCCACUUAUAACUUGG